AUGUCGGUGCCAAUGCUCUCGAGCGUCGGUCUCGACAUCACGCGUUGUUUUGAUGAGGUCGAGGCCCUCGAUCGCCAGGUCGGAGACACAAAGUACAGGGAAUGGCCGCGCGCCCUGUUUGCGGCGGAAUCGGACCGCUUUGAGCUAUGGUCCGUUAAUAUGGGAUUGUUCGUGCCAGGGCACGGCUCGUUGGACUAUCGCAUCCGAGACUCUACGAGCUUGAAGACAACCUUCGCCAAGUUUAUGACAGACCUCCGGGACUCGCUGGAUCAAGUGCUCCAAUAUGGUAGUGGUGCUUUUGAUAACAACGACGCGCUCGAGAGCCCUGAUGAUCCCGACAACCCCGACGACUCUGACGGCGACUGGACGGUACAUGCCUCGGCCCCUGCCCAGCCAUCAACUGAAGUCGACUCGACAUUUACACUUGUCGGGGAGGACGACUCGGACAUUGACCUCUUGGUUGACGGUGUGCGUGGUCCAAUUGACCGCCUCUACAAGCUGUCCAUCCGGGUCCGCAACCCUUCCACGAGGGAGAAGCUCCGCCUCCACAGACACAGCGUUGUGCAGCAGGCAAGGGUGCCCAUCACCUCGGCCACGGUGGCUUUCGAAAACCUCGUACUACCAACUGCAGGAGAUUUGGACCCUGUCCUGAUUCCUGCGGCAUCCGUGACAACCGCCACCUGCCUACAAGUAACGCAGCUCACCGUCCGAGACGAUCAAUCCACAGUCUCGCAGUCAGAGUACGCCCCAUCUUCGCACCCCGGCGUUGACGUUAUUGAUUUUCCGCCCCCACCAAAAGGGAAAGAAAGCGACAAGUUCUUCGAGUGCCCCUAUUGUUUCACCUUGUGCCCGUCUGGAUCUCUAGAUAUAAGGACAUGGAGGGCCCAUCUGAUACGCGACCUACGACCAUAUGUUUGCACCUACGAGACCUGCAGAAACCCCGACCAGCACUACGAUACCAGGGAAGACUGGAUCCAACAUGAAACCACCAGCCACUUUGCAGCGUGGCGGUGUGUGAAACAUGAGGGUCUGUCAUUUUCGAGCGCGGAAGCACAUCAGGCACACCUCGCAACCUGUCACGGGGCUGGAGGGCACGCUGAGGCUUUGUCCUCCGUUUUCAAGCCUGGCGAGUCGAGCUUCAUGCACUCCGACAGGCGCUGCCCGAUCUGCAACUUCUCCCUCGCGGCGGCUAACGAACUGCACAAACACGUCGCUUUGCAUCUAGAGCGUAUUGCCCUCUUCUCGUUGCCACGUCUCGACAGGGAUGACGACGAUGAUGGCAAAGACAUUGGCUCGCAGAGGGUUAACCUUCCGAAUAACGGCUCCCGGGAUGACCAAAGCAUAAACCCUUUCGAGGGCCAUGUUGACAAUGACGUUGACGAUGACGUUGACGAUGGCAGUGGUUCGGAAUCAAGUCGUGCAAGUCAGAGAGCUCGGGGAGAUCUACUGAUGGGAGACACAGCGUGGCAGGCAUCUCUGUCGGAGGCUGAGAAGAAAGGGGAGGAUGCCGUCGUCAAGCUGCUACUUGAUACGGGCAAAGUCGAUAUCGAUACAAAGGGUAUGGGCGGCCAGACACCGUUAUCAUGGGCCGCUUGGAACGGCCAUGCAGCCGUUGUCAAGCUACUGCUUGAUACGGGUAAGGUCGAUAUCGAUACAAAGGAUAUCGGCGGCCAGACACCGUUAUCAUGGGCCGCUUGGAACGGCCACGAGGCCGUUGUCAAGCUGCUGCUUGAUACGGGCAAGGUCGAUAUCGACGCGAAGGAUACCUACGGUAGAACGCCGCUGAUGUAUGCCAUUGAGCACAACCGCGAGGCCGUUGUGAAACUACUCCAAUCACAAGGCGAUCUUGGGGUCGAGCCAGUAGAUUAG